AUGUACCUAGUUGUAAACCUGACCGUAGCUGAUAUUUUUGUCGGAGGAUUUUCUAACUUUUAUCUAUUUGAUUACCUACUCACAUACAGAUGCGAUAUUGCGAAAAUGAACUUAUCCCCGCAACUGUCAAAAAUAAUUGUCUUUUUCUACUUUUGGUUUCCUCUGACUGCUCUUACAAACCUUGCAGUAAUUUCAUUAAAUCGGAUGCAUGCAACAAUUCGUCCCUUGAAACAUCGUCUCAUCAAAAAUUGGGUCAGCGGGGUAACAAUUGCAGGUGUCUGGGUUUUAGCCACAAUAUUUUCAAGUGCCAUUUUAAUACUUAAUAACUAUGGGAAAGAAAGGUCAUAUCAUUUUUACGUAUGGCAAUCAUACUGUUGUUUGAGUCUAUUUGUUAUCUGUGUUUCUUACUCUUGCAUUGUUCUUAAGUUUUUGUGUGGAGCCCAUCCUCCGCACCAUGGUGCAGCCAGCAGACAAAGGAAAUUGACCAUAACAUUAUUCAUAAUGACCAUCGUAUCUUUACUGAUGUGGCUACCAUUUGCGGUUGCUAGUUUUCUUUAUUUUCAAUCCAGUUUG